AUGAAGAGUGUCAACUCUCAAUGGCAACCACACUCUGACGCAUCCUCAUUAGCACACCCACGUCUUCCACAUCUAUCAUUCCCUUCACUUCUCGAAAUUCGUCAGCAUAGACUUCUUGCCCGCCGCAAUCAGAUGGGCAUAGUCCGUGCCCAGGUAUCGACCCUUGGCGUAGUAGAUGAGGUAGCUGAACAGCUUGAACGAGCCCAUCUGGCCCGUGGCACGGCUUCUUCCCAGCGUAACAGCGGAAAUCUCAGUGGUGUUGGGGCUGUACGCGGGCAUCGCGCCGCCCUUGAAGUAGAUGGGCAGAGCCUUGACGAGAUGAAUCGUCUGCGCGCUUGCAGCGCCGGCUUUGCUGGCCUCCAGGUUGCCCACGUCGCCGAGGACAAAGAUGUUGUCGAAGCCCUCUGCCAGAAGAGCCUUGGUCUGCUUGAUGUAUCCUCUGUUGUCGAGGAGGUUUGCCGGCACAAACGAGGUGUUGGGAACAAGGCCCGUAGCUGGGAUGUAAGCCUGCGUCGUGAGCGUCUUGGUGGUGCCGUCGGCGCUUGUCAGGGUCAAGAUGGUGUCGUUGCCCGACUGCUCGACGGCAGAGACGGUGGUGUUGGGCACCAGCUUGACCUUGAGCUUCUCCAGCUCGUUCUUGGCCGCCUUGCGGACGCUAUCCAUGGUGGGCGGCGUGAGCGGCAGCUUGUCGUUGUAAACGAGAUAGACCUCCUUCUUGCCCGCCUUGGAGUAUUCAAAGCCCAGCUCGCCCGCAGUCUCGGUGCCGGUUGCGCCAGCGCCGACGACGACAAUGGUCUUGGCGCUCUCAAUCUGCUGCCGCAGCUCAUGUGUGCGCUGCUUGGUCUGCUCGGUCGAGCCCAUGACUGUCCAGGGCAUGCCCGGGGAUGA